AUGUGCGACGGCGAUAUUGUCGGCAUCCAGUCAAGCGAUGUGUGCUGCUCCGCAAGCUGCGGGUCUUGCGGAGGUUCUGGGUGCACUGGCAGGGACGGUGGAUCGGAAUCCUGCUGUGGUGGCGGAGUCAGGGCUUCCGGUCGGUACUGCUCCAUUACGGGAGAAGCGCCCUGCAUGACCGGUGGGUCAAUAUGAACGAUGAACGCUUGUUCGCACAUAGAGGUGGUAUACUUGCAGUUUGGUAACACACUAUCCUUAGAGCCUGUUCCUCCAAGGCCGAUCACUACUAAAUGUGAAAAUGUCCCCUCCCGUCCCUUCGUCUGAUGUGGGAGCGAGUAUAUUGAAUGGUCGAAACUUGAUCCAAAUGCUGGAGAUACAAAUAAGUGUAGGUUGCUCACCAGAAGUGAACGGGCAGCCUCAACUGGAUAACCGUAAAUGUCUUCUGUAGAGACCACUUGUGUGCUUCCAGGCUCAUGUUGACAUAGCACUAUUGUACCCCGAAGCAAGCCCAGUUGCUGAUCUCAAAGUCCGCUUUACCACCAUGUAUUCAAUCGAACGUCAUAUUACAACACUAAGCCAACAGCAGUCGAUUCGAACGCCUGCCCAAAUUGUGGAAGCAGGCCCGGCCCCUACCCCGGAACCUACCCCGGCCCCUACGCCACCCCCUAAUGUUGAAGGGACGGGGGAUCGGAAUCCUGCUGUGGUGGCGGAGUCAGGGCUUCCGGUCGGUACUGCUCCAUUACGGGAGAAGCGCCCUGCAUGACCGGUGAGUCAAUAGGAACGUUCGACGCUUGUUUGCACUUACAGACAUCUUCGUUAGAGUUUGCUCCUCCGACGUUUGUCCAUUGAUUACUGCAUAUGAAUGCAUGCUAUCUGUUGUCCGUCUACUCCGUCUUGGAGAGGCGCUGCCCCAACGCCGGCCCCUACGCCAGCCCCUACGCCACCUCCUACAGUUGAAGGUAGCUCAUAUAGCUGUGGCGCCUAUCGCGCCUAUUCCGAAUGAUUUCGGUGUAUUCUUAAGUCAGCGCAUGUUGUGAACAGCAGGGCACGUAACGACCUUUUGGCUGAUGCGCACGUUGCCCCGACGUUUCGCACUGGCACGUUUUGGAUAUCUUGAGUGCUUUUUCUUGACUAUCAUAUCAUAUCUCUAAAUGAUUGCUACCACCGAAAGGUGCGAAAUCAAUUUAGUGAAACAACACCCCCACGAUUACGCCAUUACCCAGUGAGCUUUUGACCAUAAAUGUCGUCUUGGUAUGUGUUGUCUCACUUGAACUCUCCUCUACCAAGCAACACCGCUGCUUUUUUUUAUCCUAA